AUGGCAGACAACUUGUUUGGAACCCCUGUGACUGAUGCAACAGUGAAGUUAUAUUAUCCUGAUAUCAAAGAAAUAACAGCCAAAGACAGGGCUCAAGUGGCAUUCCAACUGAAGGAAGCAGACCAAAAGAGCGAGAAUGCCGACAUACGUUAUAAGGACUAUGAUUUCCACGGCCACAUCGGAGAAGCCCCGUACCCAAACGAGAUUCAAAAUGGCCAAUGGGCUGCUUUUCUGCAUGUCCACACCUCCGGGACGCUCCGUGGAUCAAGCGCCGCAAUUGUUUACUCCGGCAGGAACAGUGCCGGAGAUAAAAUUGCCUGGUUGAACGCUUGGUCCAAUCCCUUUCAUGGUACAAAUUGUGCUUACACUGAGGUUCGACCGACUAGCCAUUUCGACACUGGAGGCGUUUGGGAUGCGGUCGAAAGUUUGUUCAAAACUGAUAAUUUCAGUGACAAUGAGUACGGAGGCUAUACAAUUGCAAGCAUUGGCCAAUCCUAUCCUAUUUAA